AUGGGUUCUACACAAAGGUCUUCUUUGUCAACAAAUGUGGCAGACUUGGUUGAUGCUUCACAAUCGACCUGCCAAGAGGUCUCAUACAUUGAUAAUAUGCCUGUUUAUGUUAGGGAGUUGAUUGCCGGAGGCGCUGCUGGAGGAUUUGCUAAGACUUCUGUUGCACCACUGGAACGGACCAAAAUACUCUUGCAGACAAGAACAGAGUUCCGUUCUCUCGGAGUGUAUCAAUCUUUGAAGAAGUUAUUUAAGCAUGAAGGCGUUCGAGGAUUCUACAAAGGAAAUGGAGCUAGUGUUGUUCGAAUUGUUCCUUAUGCAGCCUUGCAUUACAUGACGUAUGAGCAGUACAGGUGUUGGAUCUUGAAUAACUAUUCUGCUUUAGGAUCAGGGCCUCAUAUUGAUCUUUUAGCUGGUGCAGCAGCUGGAGGGACAGCAGUUUUAUGCACUUACCCCUUGGACCUAGCUCGCACCAAACUUGCUUAUCAGGUUGUUAAUACCAGAGGAAACUUCAAUUAUGGCAUGAAAGGUCCCCAGUCUCAAAAUGUUUAUAAGGGCAUAAGGGAUGUGCUUUCAAGUGUUUACAGGGAGGGGGGCUUUCGUGGCCUUUAUCGAGGUGUAGGCCCAACACUCACUGGAAUCCUCCCUUAUGCUGGUUUAAAGUUCUACAUAUAUGAGGAACUUAAAACGCGUGUUCCUGAAGAGUAUGAAAAGUCCAUUGUGACACGCCUUUCCUGUGGAGCUUUGGCCGGGUUAUUUGGGCAAACUCUCACAUACCCCUUGGAUGUUGUUAGGAGGCAAAUGCAGGUUGAGAAUCUGCAGCCUUCAGGUCAAGGUGGUGUUAGGUACAAGAACACAUUGGAGGGUCUUACAUAUAUUGUUCGUAAUCAAGGAUGGAAAAAGUUGUUUUCGGGCCUAAGCAUUAACUAUAUCAAGAUAGUUCCCUCUGUGGCAAUCGGUUUCACUGCAUACGACACGAUGAAGGCUUGGCUCCACAUUCCGCCCCAUCAGAAGUCCAGUCAAUGA